UCCCGCUGCGCGUACACACAGACGUGUGUUUACCUCUUCAUUUCCCUCUUCGCCCCCUGAUUCAGUAAGAUGAGGCCGCAGUGUGACUGCUGUGGAGAGCACAUUAACAGACUGAACCAGCAGGUCUCUGUCAUGCGGAAAGAGAUCAAGAAUCUCAGACAGAUGUUGGAGAGUGCAGUCAGAGCUCACCGCAAACAUCUGGAUUCUGUCCAGGCUGCUGUCUCCAAGAUUGGACUCUGUGAGGUUGUUGAAGAGCAAACACCUUCACUGCCUUCACCACAGGCUGCUUUUGAGCAAGGAAACAUCCAGACAGUCCCGAUUGGCUACAUCAGCUCCUGCUUCUCUGUAAAGAAUGGGACGCCCAGACAGCCCACCAUAUGUGGCCCUUCGAGGGCCGAGCUUCAAAUACGGCAGAGUGUGUUUAAUAAUCCUGACCAUGCUCUGGUUGGCCUGGAACAGUAUUCCCAUGUCUGGAUCAUCUUUCUUUUUCACAAGAACGGGCACCUGAGUUACAAAGCUAAAGUGAAGCCACCCAGACUGAAUGGUCAGAGAGUGGGCGUGUACUCGACACGCAGCCCACACAGACCAAACGCCCUGGGCCUGACGCUGGCUAGACUGGAUAAAAUUGAAGGUGAUACAAUACAUCUGUCAGACAUCGACAUGAUUGAUGGCACCCCAGUUCUGGACAUCAAACCCUACAUACCAGAAUAUGACUCGGCUAAUACGAGGAUGAGCGCGGACGCUAAACCCGAUGAGUCAGACAUGGACAUCGUUGUGUCGAUGAAUGAGGAGAGGAAUGCCAUGAACGUGCAUAAAGAUUCAGAUUCAGAAGCUGAAGGAAUAGGUGUUGAAUAUAAAGCUGGAAAUCUCCCAUCAGAACACACCUUUGAAAAUGAGAGUUCUUUAACAAAUCCGAGUGUCAAAUCUCAGUUUUCCCUCCCCAAACACCUUCAUAAUGUGUUGGAAGAAGUCAAGGCCUAUGUGAGCCUAGAUGAAAUUUGCCAACUCGGAUCUGAUGCCAAGAAAGUUUCAGAUUCACCGGAAGCCAAACCAUCAGAGUCAGUGGAUCACCCCUGCUUUGGUGAAGAAAACUAUACUACUAUUGCAGGCUGGAUCCGACAGCCACCUGUUGCCAGCCUGGAUGUGCGCUUCACAGCUCAUGCUGAGAGGCAGCUGGCAGAAUUUCUUCCCACACACCUGCCAGGACCCAGUGAGAGCGAGAGGCCCAGGUUUAAGUUCCUUCAGAGCUCAGAGGAGGCCGCUGCCGCCAUCAGGGGGGUGCUGUCCGCGGACCCCCGCUCAGUCUACAGGAGGACGCGCUGCAGAGACAGACUCUUCUUCUUCACCCUUGACACAGCAGACAUCACCUGCUGGUUUGGACAGGGCUUCGCAGAGGUGGUGCAGGUUCGACCAGUUCAGCGUCACAUCGCCUCGGUGUGAGAGCCAGUUCAGUGAAGUAUUGAGAGAGGACAGGCUCAUUUUUCAUGUACAAACAAAAAAUAAAUCAUUACUAAGCAGAGAAACUUGUUUCUUUUUCAGGAUGGGCCAUUUGACCAUAAAACAUUACAUUUAUUGUUCAGUUUGUAUUUGUAUUUUGAAUAAAAGCUUUUGGAAGCAAAAUUGCUGCUUUCUAUUUUUUGUCCUCUGUUAGUUGUGGAGAAAUUUGGUUUAUUCAUUCAGCCGGUGUCCGUAAGAGCUCACCAACAAUAGAGUACAGGAUAUGGACUAUAUAGAUGGACUCAGAACAGGUGGUCUAAGAGAGGAGGACACUGUCCAAACUGGGGUGUAUCCUGAACAGAGUCUGUCACCCGCUAAAUGGUCAACAGCACGAGAACCUUCAGCAACAGACACAUACUUCAGAGCCACAGGAAAUCCUUCCUUUUUGAGGCCAUCAGAUUCUGUGGAUCUUCUCUCUAAUCAGUGUAUUGUUGUCUUGUAUGUACAUGUUUGUACAGAAAAUAUUUAAAAUGUACAUAUUGAAUGUUUAUUCUGGCUCACUUGAUAUUUCAACAUUCUAUUCCAUUCUGUUCUA